AGACACUCUCUAGCCCAACAGCUGAAUUAAUCGUGACCAUGGACUCGCAACCGUCGUCAAAAGCACUGCACAAUCGCAUCAACACCGACGUAUCGCAAUUACUGCAGCGAUUCGAGAAUAUCAUGGCCACUGCUACUGUCGAAAGCACAAACCACACGUCCACCGCCGUCGAGACCUACCAGCUCGAUGUCGAAUCUACAGCUCUGGUCCGCGCCGCAGAAGACCUCCUCUCCCUGUCCCGCACGAUGAAAGAAACCUGGCUCUUCGGGAAACUGGACACGCUUGGCGAAGACGAAGCGGACGUGAAGCGUCGCGAGGAGCUGGAGCGGGACGCGGAGGCGAUUCAGAAGGCUGUUGAAGACGGGGGGUUGUUGAAGGCUGCGAAGUGACCUUCCUUCUUUUGGUAUGCUGGAGUGUAUGUGUAUUGAGGUGGGUUGUAUAUUAUGCUGGUUGGGUUCUGGGUGCUACUGUUACAGGGCGGCGGUGAUGGCGUUCGGAUUAGUUCUCUGGUCUGGGUUGUAUCAUGGUAUUUAUUUCUGGGAGUUGGGGGUUGAAUAUAGUGAUGUUAUGUAAAUUGAGAGAAUGAGAUAC